CGUCAUAUAUACCGGGUCCCUGUGCGCGCCACAACUUGUAAACAAGGUCGUCUUCAGUCGCUUACACGAUGACAUAAUUUUGGGUAGAAACAAUUCCAUGGAAAGAAUAAAUAUUUGAUACUGUGGCAGGAAGAACGAGAGCCUGUUGUGAAUGAGGACUACUGUUCAAAUCUUGGGGCUGUCAUGGGCAUCCAGGGUCUCUUACCUUUCCUGAGGAAGGCGUCGAGGGAGGCCAAUCUGAAGGACUUCAAGGGCCAGACGGCCGCUAUAGACGCGUACUGCUGGCUGCACAAAGGCGCCUUCUCUUGUGCGGACAAACUUGUGCGUGGAGAGCCCACUGAUGGAUAUGUGGUGUAUGUGAUGAAACAGAUCAACCAGUUGUUGAACAAUGAUAUCAAGCCUAUCUUGGUGUUUGAUGGCUGCCAUCUUCCAUCAAAAGCUAUCACAGAGACCAAACGCAGAGAAAAUCGUGAGCGGAAUCGCAAGAAGGCAAAAGAGUUACUUAGAGAAGGAAAGAUUCGUGAAGCCAAAGAAUGUUUCCAGCGUUGUGUUGACGUGACGUCGGAGAUGGCUGCUGAUGUCAUUAAUGCUUGUCGUGCCAGGAAUGUUGACAUAAUAGUCGCACCAUAUGAGGCUGAUUCACAGCUGGCGUACCUGAAUCAUCGUGGCAUUGCCCAGUUGGUCAUCACCGAGGACUCUGAUCUUGUCCUGUUUGGAUGCAAAGCUUGUCUGUUCAAAUUAGACAACAAUGGUGGUUGUGUGUUGGUUGAACAAGAGAAGCUCCAUCUUGCAAUGAAUGUGCCACGAGACAAGUUCUGUUUUGACAAGUUUCGAAAUAUGUGCAUCCUCUCGGGUUGUGAUUAUCUGCCAUCUCUGCAUGGAAUUGGAUUGGCUAAGGCUUGCAAGUUCUUCAAUGUUAUCUCAAAUCCAGAUAUUUACAAUGCAUUGUGUAAACUACCAUCGUACUUGAGGAUGCCCCACCUGGAGGUCACAAAAGAAUACCGGGAUAAUUUCGUCAAAGCUCGCAACACAUUUCUGUAUCAGCUGGUAUUUGAUCCUAUUGACCGCAUUCUUCGCCCUUUAAAUGACUAUCCCGAUGACCUGGAACCUGAAGAUUUACCCUAUGCCGGAAAGUUUAUUGGCCAUGAGCGAGCUUUACAAAUAGCAUUGGGUAAUAUUAAUGUUCAAACUGGAGAAGUAGUUGGUAACUUUUCUCCAGAAACUUACAAGCCCCCAGAGCCAAAGUCAUCAGGCUGGAACAAACGCGGUAACAUCUGCUCGGCUCAUCCCAGCAUAUGGACUAAGAGUUUCACAAAGAAUGGGCCAGUUGUUCCUAGUAUCGCAAACUCUGAGAGACAAUCUAUGAAGCACAAAGAAGUAACAGUUAUGAAUCCUAUAUUCAAGAGAAGAAAACCUGAAACAGAGGUUGUUGAUAAUGAUGUAACUGAAAGAGAGCUCCAUGACCUAUACUCUCAACCAGAAAAGCGUAGGAAGAUAGAAGUAUGUCCAGAUGAUGCAGAAAAGAGUAAAACGGUAGAACGAUGUCCGGAUGAUACCGAGAUUGCUCUUGACAACAGUGAUCACACAGCCCUUGACCAAUUGUCUGAUUCUCUUGACAUGGAUGAAGAUACAAAAAUAAAUCUUAUUUUUCCUGUUGAAAAAGACCAAGAUACUAGUGCGGAGACACAAUUGGAUUUGUCGUCCGACCAAUCCAAGUCUAGAAACCCAUUUGCCAAGUCCCGGUCUACCAGUAAAUUACCAGGCUCAGGUGGACAGUUCAGUGCUCUGAAGAGAUUUAGUAAAAUAAAGAAAACUGUCAUAGAUAAAAACACGAUUGUCCAAAGCAGAUAUUUUGCAUCACCUGGUCUCAAAACUUCACCUACAGCACAUGUCAAUCCACCAAUUAUUAAUAGUUCUCCAGUUGAAAAUACAGUGAAACCAGAAAAUCAAAGGACUCUCUGGAAUAUUGAAAACCAAGAGAUGCUUGACAAUAAGUUGGAAAUUAAAGUUGAAAUUAGUUCGUCCGAAAUAAAAAAUGCGCCGUUAUCUCCUGUCCAAACCAACCUACUCCCAGCUAAACCUAAAAAAACUUUUCAGUGGGGCAAGUUGUCUGAAAUGUUUGCUUGCACCAAAGAGAAAAGUGUUAAAGUUGAAAACAGUGCAGCCACAAGGAACGCAUUCAAGCCUGUAACUGAACACAGAGACAAAUUAGCAUGUAAACAAGACACUUUGACUUCAUCCCAAAGUUCUGACAGCGAGGAAUGUUCAUUAUCUCAAAGGAGUCAAGUGUCUGAAAUGUCAUUGUACAGUGAUGUAGGGUCAGUGGAUAAUGAAUCUUUUGGCAUGACACCUUCAUCGUUGCCAUCGACACCAGAUGCUGCUACAGCCUCACAGCCUGCAGAAACUGUCACUUCUCCGGUAUUAACCAGUCCUGUGAUUGAAAAGAAAACUACUACGUCUUUAUCAAGGAGUCGUAUUAAAUGCAGAACUCCAGGACUGUCUCGGCAUAGCAGCGAGAAGAACAAGAAGCAACUACAUGCUAAGCAACUGAGUCUCACGGAGAUGUUUGCCUACAAAAAGGACGGAGCCAAGGUUUAGCCAGAGACCAUCAUUGAGAAAACAACAAUUCGUUGGUCAACACGUCUGUAUUAAAAAAUUAAUAAUGUUAAAACAAUGCUUUUAAAUAUUUUAACUAUGUAAUCUAAAGGAAAAUAAAUAUUUAGAUUAUUUCUA